AUGAAGUUCUCUAGUCUAUUAAAGUACACCCAAAAUGGUUCAUCCUCUAAUUAUGGAAAUGAGAAAUUCACUUGCUGGCCUUGCAGUCCCAAAAUUAAUGAACUUCUUGGAUUAAAUGUUAAUCGUGGGGUAGAAGUGAAGUUGAGGCUUUGGAGGCCUGGCAGGGAGUUAGAGUUCUACUCAUUUCAUGAAGUGUUGGAUACAAUGCUUCACGAGCUUUGCCAUAAUGCCCAUGGUCCUCAUAAUGCGAGUUUCUAUCAGCUAUGGGAUCAGCUUAUAAAGGAAUGUGAGGAAUCGAUGUCCAAGGGAAUAUCUGGCACAGGAGAAGGCUUUGAUUUUUCUGGAAAAUGUUUAAAUGGGUUUUCUCGUCAGCAACCUCUAGCUUCCCUCCACAAAAGAACCCUUGCUGCUGCUGAAAACAGAAAACAUUUCAAUUCCCUUCUACCAUCUGGACCUUUACGGCUUGGUGGUGAUAAUAAUAAAAUGUCUGCAUUAAGCCCUGUUCAAGCUGCGUCCAUGGAAGCUGAAAGGAGACUACAGGAUGGAAUAUGGUGUGCUUUUGUUUCUGGUGGCUUUGCUGAUGAUUUGGGGGACUCUGAUCUCUUGAAGCAAUUGUACCGUGUGGGCCAGCUUCUGCCAGUGCCAAUUCAAAUGCCUCUGAUAGUAAUAACGUACAUUUUGGAGCUGCAGGAUUUAGCUUCUGCCAGUGCCAAUUCAAAUGCCUAUAAGGAUUUCAAGCCUCGAGAUUGUGCAACUGACAUUAGAAUUAAACAAAAGGUGGAUUAUUCAAAACACUCAUGUUUAAAGUAUGUCAGCUUGCCAACUUAUGAUUCUUCAGGGCUAGGAAAUGCUGGAGCAUAUAAGUCAAUUGCAAUUUGAUAUGGAAGGCUCUGCCAGAUGCAGUUGGGUUAUCACUGAAGUGCUGGGACUGACCCCUCUAGCAUCCAAAUUCAUCAGCCAAGUCCUGCAAUUUAUCAUCCAUCAGAUAUCAUACUACUCCGCAUAACUGAAGCUCUCACACAGGACAAGAUUUAUCCUUAUUGUCCUUGCCAGUUAUCAGAGUCAUGCUGCAAUCUGUUCACACGUUUAGUACUUUCAUACGAUAGCUAUUCUUUACAAAUAUUAGUCCAUCAUACAAAUAUGUUGUCUGUGUGGCCUGAAAUGAUGUUACUGGAUCUUGUUGUAACACAUUUAUCUAGUCUAUUUUUACAAGAAAACACUGAACAAAAUAUUGAUGCAAAGCUCUUUUCCUCUUA